UCACGCAUCACGCAUGUAGCAAGGUAGGAGCAUGCUGACAGCUGAUUGCUGACGAGCAUUUAUACUACUGCUUCUUGCUACAGCCCACAGUACAUAUGAAAUACACGUUAUCCACUGAUAAUUAAUCUUAAUUAAUCUUAGUCUUAUCUUAGUAGUACAAAAACGAGAUGUGUAGAAAUAUUCAAUUUUAAUCAAUUUUAAAAAUAUUAGCAUGAGAAUGAUCAACCUAAAGGUGCAGAAGCUGGAUGAUAAUUACAUGUCAUGGCACUGAACAGUGAACACAUAAUAAACUACAUCAAGCUUAAUUAUAUUAUAAAAAGGUAAUAGAAAUUAGUAAAGCCUGCCUCAAAAUGAAUUUACCUUGUGUGAAAGAUUACAAUUUGUUGGAAAAAAUCGGAUCUGGUAGUUAUUCUACUGUCUAUAAAGCUUUCAAAAAAAAUGGUUCGCAUGAGGUUGUUGCUAUCAAGUGCGUUGAUAAACUGAACCUCUCUAAAUCAUCUAUUGAUAAUAUUAUAACUGAAAUUAAUCUACUCAAAAUACUUAAACAUGAAUAUAUUGUGGAAAUGCGAGAUUUUUUUUGGGAUGAAGGACAUAUUUAUAUUGUAAUGGAGUAUUGUAAUGAAGGUGACUUAUCAAAUUUCAUUAAACGCAAGAGUAAAUUGGCAGAACAUGUUUGUCGCAAAUUUCUUCAACAACUUGCUCUUGCUCUUAGAUAUUUGCGGAACCACAAUGUUUGUCAUAUGGAUCUGAAACCACAAAAUCUUUUACUUGUUAAAAAAUCUACUUUGACACUUAAAGUUGGAGAUUUUGGUUUUGCUCAAUAUCUAAGUGGUUCAGAAGCUUGUUUUUCUAUAAGAGGAUCUCCUCUUUAUAUGGCUCCAGAAAUUUUAUUAAGGCACAAGUAUGAUGCAAGAGUUGAUUUAUGGAGUGUGGGAGUUAUAAUGUAUGAAUGUUUAUUUGGUCGUGCGCCAUAUUCAAGUAACAGUUUUCCGGAACUUGCAGAAAAGAUCAAAGAUAUGCGACCCAUUGAGCUUCCAAAAGGUAGUCAUAUAUCCAAUGAGUGUAAGGAUCUUCUAAGUCGUCUCUUAAAGCAUAAUCCAAAUGAACGUCUUAGCUACGAUGAAUUUUUCUCACAUGAUUUUCUUGAUUUGGAACAUGCACCAACUCAUGAAAAUUUCAACCAUGCUGUUGAAUUAGUCCACAAAGCAGUGAAAGCUGAUACGGAUGGAUGUCGAAGAGAAGCUUAUCAUCUAUAUUGUGACGCCUUAAGAUAUUUUAUUCCAAUUCUCACAAAUGAAUCAGAUUUGCAAAAAAAAGAAGCAUUAAGAACAAAAGUAAAUGAGUAUAUAAAACGAGCAGAGACAUUAAAAGAUCUUUGUGUGGAGAUAGAUAAAUCAAUGCAAGUGAAUUUAAGUCAAGAAACGUCUAAUCAGGAUAAAAAACGAACAUUGCCUAAAGGGGACUUCUUUGAUAAAAAUGUCUCCAUAAAUUUUCAUGAACUUUGUAAAUUAAGUAGAAGUACUACUGGUAUGGUAGAUGCACUUGAUAUCGGUAAAGCAGCUGAAGAGUAUUUGUUAGAAGGAAAUUAUGAACUUGCUCUUGAAAAAUUUCAAUCAAGUUUAAAAAUAUUAGUACCAUUAUUGGGAAAGGAACCACCUGGGAGAAGAAGAGAUUUGCUAUCUAAACAGAUUCACAAAUGGAUGCAAGAAGCGGAAAAUACGAAAUCUUUUCUCAUCACAAAAAAUGCAAAGAAAACUUUGAUGAACCAACGUUCUACUGAUUCUCAAGAGCAGUGUUUAUUGCAAUAAUGUGAUAUUCAAUUUCGUUGAAAUAAUUUAGUUUAAUUUACUUUACCCUAUUUUAAUACGUAUCUAUGCAUGAGUGAAAUUAUUUGUAAUAGUCAAAUAAAAAAAUUAAGUAUAAAA